AUGGGGUGGAAGUACUUCAGCUCAUCUGGUUUUCGCAAUGGAGAUCAUUGCAGGGAUUUGUUUGGCUUGCAAAGUCAAGCCCCUGUCCACUCGCAGAUUCGAUGCAUGAGCCAACGUGCACAGAUGCAGGUGCAGCUACUUUCCCAGAUGCACAUUCCAUUGGAGGAACCUGAAGGAGAUCCUAGUGGCGAGCCGCCAGAUGAGGGCCCCAACUCCCCCGAUUCCUCGCCGCUGGAGGUCAGUCCAACAGAUCUUCAGGAGGAGGAGGAUGCCACGCUCAGCGACGAUGAAGCGGAGGACGAAGCGAGCGAGGAUGAGUUGGUCUCACGACCACCCUUGCAGCCGAGCUUUGCCACUGGAAAGAUCAAGGUGAUGCAGCGGCAGCAGGCUGAUGGCGAGGAGAUCGUGAAGAGCAGUGGAGAUGAGUCCGAGGUCGCUAGCAAGAUUGACCCUUCCAGGUUGCCACUGGAGCAACGAGAGCGCUACUACAUGGAGGCACGUGCUCGUAUCUUUGGAGAGGGAGCCAAGGUGCCCGAAGCAGAGGUGGCAAAUCUGGAAGAGGCUGCUGCGCCGGAGGAUCCACAGACGGUCCAGCGUCGCGUGGCUUUGGAGAUGAAGCUGGCGCAGGAGCGGAUCAAUGAUCUCAAGGAUCCUGCUUACAGCCGCGCCAUCUAUCCAAGAUUCGGCUACGCCAUGAAGGGGAAGGGCAAAGGGCAGCUCCAAGGAUUUAUUGCGGGCUUCCAAGCAGCUCCGACAGACUACCGUGGUGCCAUGGCAGAUCCCUCGCAGGCGCCCCUGGCGGCUCGAGCAGCCGUCUUAGAGGGGCAGGUCGGGCCGUGA